AUGUGCGUCUGCUCGUUGCAACUCUCCAACAAACCACUUGUUAGACUUGCUGUUGUCCCACAAUCCGUCAAAAUAGAGAAGAUGAAAUAUACUGCCUUGCUCAUUCAGAUUUUGCUCAAGCCAUGGACUUACCGUGACGUACUCCCGUUCUUCAGGCUGACCGAGACAGUUAUUGAGGUUGGCACAACGAAUUCAACGCAAGGUUCGACAAUACAGCCGCUCCAAACUGUGCAGCAGACAGCAACAGUAUUGGUAACUGAACUGAAUAUCAAUGGUAGUACUGUCCAGACUACAGUCGUUGUAACUCCCAGUAUCAAGGCGACUCGGACAAGUGCUGCAGGUGUACCAGCGGCGACAGUCAUCAGCGUCUCAGGUCAAUCGCUCAGUCCUUCUCGAUCCAAAGCAAAACUCGCUGGAAUCAUCUCUGGAGUUUUAGGUGCACUCAUCAUUUGCCUUGUGAUAUUGCUAUGUAUACGACGCCGCAUGAUACGUAAAGGAGCUAUCGCAAGGUCAAAGCUACAUGCAGCUCCACAUCGGAAUGAACGUACAGUAAUGCCACUGUCCUUGACCGAAGCAUCCGGCCAACGUAGUUGGACAGGCAAGCACAAUCGGCGGCAAGCAGAAACGACAGGUAUCAGAACAAAGCUUGUCUCGUUCGUAUCCAAAAUUGUGCCAGAAAGUUCUAAGGCUACAGUCGAGCCUAUGUCUUCAAUGGUACAGGAAAUGGAUAGCCUUCGCGCACGAAUAGCACAUCUGGAACGCCAACGACAACAGGACGCGAGACGGAACUUGCAUCCUCCAAGCAUCCAUUCAAAUGGAACCGGUGAUAACCAAUCAGCGCCGCCAGCAUACUCAGAUGAUGGGCGUCAAUAG